CCAUUGGUGAAGUUCAAGAGUCAUCUGUACUUUGAGGAUAAGGAUAAUGUCAGUGAUACAGAGAAGCUGCUUCGGCCAGCUAAAGGCAGCAAGAUGAUGAUGUACAAGAAUGGCAGAUGUGCUGGCGUUGCAUUUACUGAUGUCUUUGAAGGCACCUACUACCCAGCAAUCUCUCUGUACAAGAAUGCAUCGAUCACUGCAAACUUUGGACCCAAGUUCAGAUACCCACCCAAGGACAUUGAAUACAAGCCAAUGGCUGUAGCAGCGGAGCAGGCCUUAGUGGAAUACACUCUGGCAGACAUAGUCUAUCAUGUGGAGAAUGAGGACACAAUUCCCAAUUUCUUGUAA